AUGAACCCCGAGGCUUAUCACCAAGACUACACCGGAUCCGAGUUGACCUAUCAGGCAAACGGCGGGCAACAGAACUUGUAUCAGUUGUACCCAACCUCCACCAACGGACUUCUCAACUAUAACUAUAGUUCGUAUGUGGCUGCUAACAACUUGGGAUCCAACUACAGUCCGAGUACCUACCUGAAUCCAAGUACCAAAAUGGGAGGAUCCAGCUACUUGAAUCCGAAGAUGGGAUCCAACUAUUUGACUGGAAGUUUCAGUCAAGGAGGAGGAGUAAUUCCUUCUUCAAUUGGAGCGUCGUCGUUAGGCUUCACAACAACCCCCACCACAUCAUCUGCCACUCUUCCUGCACUCAACUCCCGUUCCUUGACCUCCACGAUCGUCUCAGCUUCUGGAGCCAGGGCUUCCUCAUCUCCAACCAGCGGGUUGCAGCAACUAACUCUGCAAGAGUUGGAAAAGAUCACGAGUCGAGGAAACUUUGGGCACAAUAAGCCCCCCUACUCGUACAUUUCGUUGAUUACGAUGGCUAUUGAACAAUCACCCGUUAAACGGCUGACACUCUCGGAGCUCUAUAAUUGGAUCAUGGAGAUCUUUCCGUAUUAUAGAAACCAUCAGCAGAAAUGGCAGAAUUCCAUUAGACAUUCGUUGUCGUUCAAUGAUUGUUUUGUGAAGGUUCAGAGAUCCCCUGAUAAGCCAGGCAAGGGCUCCUUCUGGACCCUCCACGACCUCUGCGGCAACAUGUUCGAGAACGGAUGCUACCUCCGCCGUCAAAAACGAUUCAAGCUCAAGGAGCGAGGAUCGCCAAGAAAGAAGCGUGGUGUCCAGGCGAAGCAGGAUUUGGUAAAAGUAGAAAUCAAGGAGAACAACCCGACCUAUCAACUGAUUACCCCGAAAGUUGAAGUCAAGGAGGAAGUCUUACCGGCGGGAACGACGGUCACUCAACCCACUUCAGUCAUCUCUAGUGUCGGGACUCUUGGAGCUACGCAGUCACAGAUGAACCUGAACAAUCCCUACUCCACACCAUACAUCUACACUGGCAACUACUCUAGUAGCCUCCUCCAACCACAAAACUUCCUCAAUGGAAGUAUCUAUAACCCAACGAACAUCUACUCAAAUGGGUACACCGACACAUAUCAGAACACUCUUUAUAGCUCAACGGAUCCAACGAAUGGGAGUCCAACUUCUGCAAUAGCUCCUGGAGCCAAUCUUUGA